UUAUUGCACUAUUACUGCUAUGCACACGUUAUGUAUUUAUGUUGCAAGAAUGUUAUUUAAUUGUCACAGUAGUGUGAUUGAAGAACAACUUAGAAUUGAAGAUUACAAGUUAUUUGCCCAAACAUUUUAUUCUCUAUUGGUUUUAAUCUUUGAGAAUUCUACUUGAUUAAUGUGAUAAGUUUGAUUAUCGCGCCGCAAAUUAGCAAGCAUUGAGCCCAACCCCUUACUUCCAAGAACAACAUAUAGGUGAGAUGUUUGCUGUUUUCUGCUCUAUACUUAUAGCAGGCUGUGCUCUUACAAUCUCAGCUGCAUCUUAUGACUACUCAGCCAGCAUUGAAUGCCUGGCAGAGCCCCAGCAUCCUCAAUACAAAGAUGGCCUGGUGGGAGACCCGGAAUUCGAUUCGGGCCUGAACGGAUGGAAUGUGUUUGGAAGUGGGAAAAUUGCAGCAAGAACAUCGGAAACGGGUAACAAAUACAUGGUAGCAUAUGACAGAAAUCUGUCAAGUGAUAGUUUCUCACACAAAUUUUCUCUUCAGAAAGACCUCUUAUAUACUUUUUCAGCAUGGUUACGACUCGACGAAGGAAAAGAAAUCGUGUCAGCGUAUUUGAGAAUCCCAAAUGGACAAAAUCGAAUAGUUGGUUCAGUACUAGCAGAAUCUGGCUGCUGGUCCAUGCUUAAAGGAGGUUUUGCUGUUGACGAGAAUGUGAAAGCUUGGCUCUUUUUUGCGUGCAGAAAUACUCGAGUUGAACUUUGGAUAGACAGUGUCUCACUAAAGCCAUUCACCAGAACAGAAUGGCAACAACAACAGAAUGAAAGCGUGGACAGGGUUCGGAAAAGAAACAUAAGAAUCCAUGUGACUGGCCAGAAGGGAGAAAAGCUCCAAGGUGCAAAUAUCACCAUCAACCAGAUUAGGCCUCAUUUUCCGCUUGGCUGCAGCACUACAGAGGCUAUCUUAAGUCACAAGGCUUAUCAAGACUGGUUCACUCCACGUUUCACGACAACGUCCUUCAACAAUGAAAUGAAGUGGUACUACACAGAAAGGGCUCCGCAGCAAGAAAACUACACAGUCCCGGACGCCAUGGUUUCAUUUUUCAAGAAAAACAAGAUUUCCAUAAGAGGCCACACCAUUCUUUGGGCUAGUGUAAAUGUGACUCAACAUUGGGUUAAAGUUUUAUCCCCCAAAGAGUUCCUGAAUGCAGCCGUUCGACGAAUGGGAUCCGUAGUUUCAAGAUACUUGGGUGAUGUUAUUGCAUGGGAUGUUAUGAAUGAGAAUUUGCACAACUCCUUCUAUGAAGAUAAACUCGGGCCUAAUGCUUCCGCCAUGUUUUACCAGAUUGCUCGAGCAUUGGAUCCACAAAUACCCUUGUUUAUAAAUGAGUACAACACUCUGGAGUUCCCUUUGGAUAUGAGAGUCAUCCCGUCCAAGAUUGUUGAAAAUAUUAGAGAGAUUAGAUCAUUUCCGGGCAACGAGCAUAUAACGAUGCGAAUUGGAUUACAGGGCCAUUUCUGGCGAAAGCCAAACGUUUCUCACAUGCGAGCUACGCUAGACGUUCUUGGCGCCACUAAUAUCCCGAUUUGGCUAACUGAACUUGAUACUAAGAGAGGACCAACACAGGCUGCCCAACUGGAAGAGGUCAUGAGGGAGGCGUUCUCACAUCCUGCGGUCGAAGGAAUCAUUGUGUGGGGAGGGUGGAAGCCGACAGGUUGUAACCAAACAUGUUUAACAGACAAGAAUUACGACGUGUUGCCUAAAGGCUGCGCUGAAAUGUGCCUGAUAGACAGCAACUUCAAGAACCUGCCGACAGGAGAUAUCGUGGAUAAGCUGAUCAAUGAAUGGAAAACAUCAAAUGUGUCAGGAGUGACAGACGGGGAUGGAGUUUUUGAGCAUAAAGUGUUUCUUGGGGAGUAUUCAGUUACUUAUUCUCAUCCACUCAUUCCUCGUCCUGUCGAGAAAAUAUUCAAUGUAACAAAUGGGGAAGGGCCGUUUGAAUUAUGGGUUGCUUCCUAA